AUGUCUCUGCCGCGCCCACCCCCUAAUCCAGUGCCAGACCUCAUGGAUCUUGUCAUCAAUCGAGAGUCGCGCUACAUAACGCACUCACUCAUCACAUCUUACCUAGAUAUUGAUGAUAUACGAAAUGUUCAGUUAGCCUGCAGAAAGACGUCGGAUCUGUACGCAAACAUGAAGAAGACCCAGUGGAACAUCAACACAAGCUUGCAGCUAUUCUUCAAGAACACUCAGACGUUCCGCUCUGUACAGGCCCAGACCGAGACUUUAAUUGGAAGCGAUUUCGCCGGAAAGUUCUUCCGCCGUCUGCAGGUCAAGACUCAACUUGAGCUCUUUACGCAAGCCGGGAAGAAGGCAGAUGCUCUCAUUAGCUAUCUCGAAAAAAAUGGAUACGCUCGAGACAAAGACUUCGCUCAUGAUCGCGUUACGUUUGGUGCUUCAAGGGCCUAUUGCCUGUUUCCCACCACGAGCAUCCUCAAGCGAAGAUCGUACCUAAUGGUACCCAUGUCACAAGCAGAAUAUUCACCCGCGGUUGCCGCAAUAAAGCGCGACUUCGAAGAAGGAUUUAUCGCCAAGACUGGCGAGUGGGUGGUCAACCCCUAUGGAGAGGCGUUGGACUCACGCCCGGAGUUCGCUUUCGCGCGGACCGCUGGCGACAAUCUCUCAUGGGUAAUCAAGCUUGAUACCACCGACAUCACCCCUGCUACAGCCCCAGACUCGCUACUUGACGAUGCCCAGUUCUCCAUGGGUGUAACCUGCAGUUCGAGCAUAGUGUCCUACCUUCAGUUCAGAUAUGAUGUACUCGCAUCUUGCGCCCUACAACAUACAUACAUCUGUCAUUCGCGAACCCACUUUGUACCAGGCGGCGGUCACAGGCAAGACGAUUACAGGGAUCAGAUGCAGUACCUCGAAAAGCUACUGAACGACCAGACAUCCAUGCAACUCACCAUGCUUAACCGAGACGACCGGCCCCCUCAAUAUGUCAGAAUCACUAGUACGAGAGGAAGCGACCACACGGCUAAGGGUCACUUCACGGUGCCUCCGAACUGGAAUUACUUCGACGCAGAGAUUCAGGCUGAGCUUCGGAAGGCAACUAAGCAGUUGCUCGUUACCGACCCAUCUUGCCCACCGGAAUAG